UCUGUGCGCCUGAUUAUUUUUACGCCGUCGAGUCUGGCGGUGAAAUCCAGGUCAUCUUCACCGGAUCGCCAGACGACACGGCUCAGGCGUGUGCUCUCAGUAGAUCCGCAGUGCCAUUUCCUGAUUCCUCUUUUAACAGCUUCUUGUGGUUCGAAAGAUGAGGUGGUGCACAUUGAUUAGCAUUCUGCUACACUGAGAAGAGUUUAUCCACCCAGGACAAGCAGCAGCAACCACACAAUCUCCAUCUGAACCAGCUAUCAAGCACCUGCUUUACAGUAUAUCAAGUACCUGUCUGGAUAUUUCCCUCACACACACAUGCACAGCUAUGGCUGGCUGGCUCUGGCUGGGAGGGUAAUCGGUGAGCUGGUUGCCCUGGCAACCCCACCCUAAUUUCUGCUGAAUAGAGCCCUACUUACUAGACUUUGUUCCCCCCCUUCUACCUUUCCUCUGAGUUUAUUUGCCCUUUGUGGAGGCAGAGGGCAGUGGUCGGAGCAGGAGACAUGGACUGAUGAGGUGAGAAUGGCAGCGAGGUGGCUGUUUGGCCCCCAGGAGCCCUCAGGCACUCAGAGCCAAUAACGUGGGCACAAACUCGGGCAGGAGCAGUAUGCAGGAGGCUGACCUACCGGCUACCAAUGCUUUCACAGAGUGCAGAUUCCAGUGCGCUAAUGGCAGAUGUCUGAACCUGGGCUCACAGGUCUGUGAUCAGCUCAACCACUGUGGGGACAACAGUGAUGAGGAGCACUGCCCAGUCUCCACCCAGCAUCCUGCAUCUGCCAUCUUCAGCUCUGAACUGGAGUUUGUGCAGAUCGUGAUCAUAAUCGUAGUCAUGACUGUGAUGGUCGUGGUGGUCGUGUGCCUGCUCAACCACUAUAAACUCAACACGUGGUCGUUCCUGAGCCGGGCGAGCCAGGCACAGAGUCAGGAUCUCUCUCUGCAGCCGGAGGGAUCUUUAUGGCCAUCAGAUAAUGGGCUGAGGCAAGGGGCAUCUGAGGUGGUGUACGCUCCUCAGCCUAGGGACCGUUUUACUGCUCCCACUUUCAUGCAGCAUAAUCGUUUCCGACGUUUCCAGCCCACCUACCCAUACCUGCAGCAUGAGAUCGACCUGCCGCCCACCAUCUCGCUGUCAGACGGGGAGGAACCGCCGCCGUACCAGGGCCCCUGCACGCUGCAGCUGAGAGACCCCGAGCAGCAACUCGAGCUCAACAGAGAGUCCGUACGUGCCCCACCCAACCGGACCAUCUUCGACAGCGACCUCAUUGACAUGCACAGUUCAGGGGGUGGCGGUGGGCCACGCCCUCCCAGUAGCAACUCUGGGAUCAGUGUCGUCAAUUCCAGUAACCACGGACACAUGGAGGGCCCUCCGCCCGCUUACAGUCAAGUGAUCGGGCAGCACUCGGGCAUAGUACUUUACCUCCACCAGCACAGCAAUAACGCACCUGUCCCCGUCACCGUGCAGACUCCGCCCAGGGGCCGGACAGAUCCAAGCAGCCCAGAGAGCACAAUAGCACUGAGCAAGGACAGACAAAGGGAGGAGCUAGUCUGAAAGGGGCGGGGCAAGCACAUGAUCGGCGGCCCACUCUCCACACCCAUAAAAGGAAUGGGUUCUCCCUCAUAGACACUCCCAUGCACAACAGAGCUUAAUGGAUCUUGGCGACAAAAUCAAAAAAACUGUGUGGAGCUGAGCUUGCUAAAGCAACGUUUUAUUUCUUUUCUCGCAGACCAGCUGUGCUAACAUAACGGUUGCAGUCUCCUACUUUCGUUGCUCUGUAUUACUUGUGUAUAGCUUACAAAUCCGAAAACAUUAUUCGAGCACAAGACAGGCCUUUUGUUGUUGUUGUUUUUGUUGACUUUUAUCGUCGUAUCCCCUUAAACGUACCCCUACCGCCCAAGCCACACGUGACACUGGGUGGAUAAGAAUUUAUUUUUUAAAGACCGAGAUCUGUGCAGCAUGAACAAAACAUAAAUGCGAAAAAUUGUGUAAAUCCAAUUCCUAGUGCCAAGGUUUAUACGGAAGGUGUCACAUGGGGCAUCGACUGUCUUAAAGACUUGUUAUACAUGUAAAACCUUCUGUGAAAUUGCACUAUUGUUGGUUAAUCAGAGUAAUAUGGAGAGGGGGGGUAGCGAUGGGUGACGUAUACGUUUACUGUUUAUACUGUUUGUUUUCAUGUACAUCCGAUCGUAUGCUUCAAUGCAAGCUCUCUAUGAGAGGGAAGUGGUCUUGUCUGUCCUCAGCACAAGAAAAAAAAUCAUAGAUCCAGCCUAAAUAUUUAUCUAUAUGAGGCACAGAAUACAGAGAGCCCGCUUUAGUCUCAUCUACCCUAACCAGUGACACUUUCAACCACUUAUAUUCAAGCUGAUCUGAAGUUUUUUGUCUAAAGAAAAGUCAGUUUACUAAUAGAUCUGUAAAGGCUUGACGUGUUACGAGACUUUUGUUAUCCUUAAGUGGUUAUGGAGAGUUCGCCGUUUUUCAUUUGCUCUUUUUUUGUUUCUUAAACCUUAAAGUUUAUUAUUUAUAUGUAUAUUUUAUAGCUGGAAUAUAAAACUAACAUCAUUUAAGUUUAAAGGUCACCAUUGCAUGCCUUUUGCACUUUUGUCUGUUAAUAACAACUAAAAACAGACUUUUAAGAUAACUAAUAUAAUCCAGCACUGUAUCAUUGUGGAUUUCAUUUAAUUAUAGCCCGCUCACUUCUGUUUAUUUCUGUUUUAGUCUCCACUGCCAAUUCUAGAACAAAAAGUUUAGUGUUUGAACUAGAGGGUCGACUGAGGAUCGGCGCCGAUAUUAAAAAAUUUUCUGGUUAUCGGUAUCUUUCAUUUAAAGAAAGUUUGGUCCGAACCCUUGUUAUUCUUAAAGGGACACUCCCCUUUUUUUCAAAAAAAAUGUGCAUUUUCCAGCUCCCCUAGAGUUAAACAUUUGAUUUUUGCCGUUUUGGAGUCCAUUCAGCUGAUCUCCGGUCGGACGCUGCCACUAUUAGCAUAGCUUAGCAUAAUCUAUUGAAUCUGAUUAGACCAUUAGCAUCGCGCUAAAUAAUAACUAAAGAGUUUCGAUGUUUUUCAUAUUUAAAACUUGACUCUUCUGUAGUUACAUCGUGUACUACGACCGACAGAAAUUUAAGUAAUGAUAUUACACAGCAGCCAAAAAUAGUCCCCUGCCAUUGAAAGAUACUAAGGGGACUAUUUUCGGCUGCUGCGUAAUAUCAUUGCGCCUCCUGCAGGCAUGUUACAGCAGCAACGUCCUUGAUUAUUACGCCGAAUGAGAGUAUAGUUCAUUGCCAUAUCUGCAUAGAAAAUCUUAUUUUUAAUUUUCCGUCAGUCUUAGUACACGAUGUAACUAUAGAAGAGUCGAGUUUUAAAUAGGAAAAAUAUCGAAACUCUUAUUUUUUAGCGUGAUGCUAAUGGUCUAAUCCGAUUCAAUGGAUUAUGCUAAGCUAUGCUAAAAGUGGUAGCGCCAGACCCGGAGAUCAGCUGAAUGGAUUCCAAAAUGGUAAGAAUCAAAUGUUUAACGCUAGGGGUGCUGGAAAAUGAGCAUAUUUUCCAGCAUUUUCUUUUUUACACCAGACACACGUAUCGGUACGCCUGAAAACAUAUCGGUCGACCUCCUAGUGUGAAUCCCUUUUGCAUCCUCUAUUAUUAUGUAGUCCCAAUAAAAAUGAAUCAGGUUUCAAAACAUGGUAAGGUCAAGGGCUAAUGUGAUGAGCAUUUUUAAAAUGAUCCAUUUAAACCAAGCAUUCCUCUGUCCUGUUGCUUUUGAUCCCAACCCUGACACCAGCUCCUGUCUAGUGCGCACACUUGUUUUUGUGUUUACGCAUCCAUGACCUGUACUCAUCCGAGCGGUUCUCUGCAUUCACUUUAAGCUUAAUUACAAUCAUGUAGGCCCAGAUAGAUGAUGUUGCUCUGACCAGAGCAGUUGAAUCUGGUUCAGAGGUCGAGAGAAUCGAGAAGAAACCCCAAAGACUCUUUACAGUUUGUGCACACGAACCCUUUAAUAAGGAGACUGAAGACUGAGCCCCUGCUUUUGGUCACCACUUAGCCUGUCAAGGACAGAUGGACUUGUACAAAGGCCAUGGUGGUUUUUAUAUUCUUGUUUUCGUUAUGUGGGAGUUAUGGUCAAAAAAAUGUUUUUCAAAGCAACACAUCCACCUUUAUAAGCUACUCUGUUUGUACUCAGAAUGUUAGAGUCAGCCAAUCAAAAUGUGUUUAAAUCAUAUGGUUUUCAGCGUCUGUGUUGAUUGGCUUUACUCUUGUUUUUUGUUGUUGUUUUUUUUUUGCUGUUGGUGGGAUUUAUAUUUGUCAUCUGGACCCCCGUGCUCCAAAUCAGACUAAAGGAAUCAAAACUCCACAUGUGUCAUUUUAUAAACCACAACAGAGAAGCUAGAUAUAAAUUCUAGAUUUGCUAUAGAUGCUCUUGUCAAGCACAGGCAACAAAACUUAGCAACACUUGUUUCACUGAGCACAAUAUUCAAACCAUCUCCAACUUAAAACCCCCGUUUCUAUUUCCAGAUCAGUUUGCUGCUUUCACCGUUGCUGCUGCUAUGCUACUUCUCUUUUUAUGUUUAGCCUUUUUGUUCACCAUCCCAAUAAACGCGUCUGCUUUUCGUUCGUCUUGCUUUCCGCCGUUUUCUGCUGUCCAAGGAUGUUUGCAUGUGACUCGCGAGCUAAAUCGGUGCCUAUUGAUCGUGUUGUUUUGAGCGACGUAGGAACCCACUUGCACUCAAAGUUCCCACCUUAGCUGUGCCUCACUUCCAAUGGUGCUUUCUUUGGUGUAACAUUUUUUUUAAUCCUCUUUUAUUUGUACGGUGCUGUAAAUAAAGUCAGUCUGUAUGCACAUAUCCUACCCAAUGGGUAGAAACCGCAGAAAAAAAGACAACGUUAAUAAUGUAACAAUUUAUAAUUGAUAUAAAGGUUUUAAAAUGGUGGCACGGUUUGUAAAUGCCUGCAGUUGUGAACAAGGAAAUUUGUUUUCAAAAAGAUGCUAAAAGUAUUAUUCCUGCAAACGGAUGUACUGGGACAACCAUUUAGAUGUUAACUGCCACAACUACAUACAAGAGAUGUGCACUAAACAUCUUUAAUAGUAAAGUCAAUAAUUUAGUUACAAGUUAACUAGUUAAUUCUAAAUUGGAAUCUACCUAUUAUAGAAACUUUGAUAUCUAACCACCAACCUGUGCCAGACUCCCACUCAUGGACAAAAACACCGAGGGCUUUGGUAAGACAGUCUUGCUUAAACGUUUUGGAUUUCAAAUAAGUGUUUUAUUAUUUUAAUCCCAACAGAUACAUGAUUUUUUGUUUUCGAGACACCUUGUGUUGUGCUUCCUGUCUUUGCAAAGUUUAAUAAUGAACCAAAUGAGAGAUGUAGUUUUAACAUUCUUAUUUUUGUUAUAUAUUUCUGACAUUCUUGUGUAUGUGGUGUAUAGGAGCAAAAAAUGAUUUUAAUUGCAGAUAUUUAUGUGCCGGUGCUCCACUGUACAGUAGCUUGUAUUCGCAUGUCUAUAGUUAUAUACCUGAAAAUAAUGUACAUAGCGAUGCCAUUUUGACUACAAGCACCUGACUAACAGCAGUUGGUGACAUUUUGAGCAAUGUAUUAAGCUUUCAGAGCUACAAAAAGCAUUUUUCUUGCACACAAACACACACGAAAAUGGUUUAGAUGUAAUUUACUGAGGCUUAUUAGGUGUCUGUGAAAAGCGUCUGAGUGCAGCCAUUCAGAACUAAAGAGCAUCACAAUAUCGCAGACCUUUUUACUUUUUUACGCUUGAUCAAAAUUUCCUUUAUGUUCAUGUGUACGGACGUUUUUCUAUACAUGCACAUGUGCAUAUUCACACUUUAAAAAACUUACAUAUUUUGUUUUUAUUUAAUUCAUUGUGAUGUAACUAAUAGGUUUAAGCCUAAGGUCUGUUACUGCAAUUCUGUUUAUCCCCACAGAAAAAUGUAAUCAAACGUUGCUCUAAUCACUGUUAUAGUCAAACUUUUAUGCUUGUAUUUCUGCUGUUGUCUAACUGCAGUUCAACUAAUAAACUAAAAUGUACCAGUUU